GCGAACAGUAGAGAAAAGAGAAAGAGAGAGAGAGAAAGAGAGAAGGAGAGGAACGACGGUGGAGACUAUCAAACUCUCAUAAAACUGUCAGGCACGGUCGCCGGGGCUGACUUAUGUGCGGCCCUUCUUCUUCUUCUUCCUCUUCUUCCUCUUCCUCUUCUUCUUCUUCUUCUUCUUCUUCUUCUUCUUCUUCUUCUUCUUCUUCUUCCUCUUCUUCUUCUUCUUCCUCUUCCUCAUCCUUGACAUCGUCCUCGUUGGCCAUACGAAGUAGCUGCUGUUGCGUGAACUUGUCUUCUCCCAAAGUGCCGUAAGGAUUUCGAGCCUCUACCAAGAAGAAAGACACUUCGGGAAGAACCUAAGGGGAUACCAAAAAAAAGACACCGAUUCUUUCUCUCUCUUUCUUUGAACGAACGAACCACCCCCUUUUUUCGGGGUAAUCGCGGUAGGGGGCGCGCGCGCACGCGUUACCCCCUUUGCCGAGCAGGCGGAAGACUACUUGUCGGUGACGUCGCGCUAGGAAAGAGAGGAACUGCCAGAGAAGAGAGAGAGAGAGGGCUGCCCCCACCAGGGUCCUUGCUCGAGGGCUCCCGAAUAUCUCUCCAUUAGCCCCCCUCGUAGCGACGGCCAUCCCCUCUCCUCGACGAAAGCUCUCCUUCUUUCUCCUCCCUCUUUUCUCGGCUCUCUCUCUCUUUCUCUCUUUCUCUAUCUCUCUUUCUCUGUUACUCUUUCACUCUCUCGUACGUUCACGCACCCCUCUCGGCUCUCGUCACGUCGACGUCGACGACGUUGGCCUGCGAGACGGGCACACGAGCGGCGCAGCGCCAGCAGCACCACCAGCAGCAACAUCAGCGGCAGCAGCAGCGGCGUCGGCUGCGGCGGCUUCGAGCCGACGGAUGACGACGACGACGACGACGACGACGACAACGACGACGACUACGACAACUACUACUACUACUACUACUACUACUACUACUACGAGGACGACGGUGAAGAGAGGAGAGAACGGGCUUGAAGAAUCCUUCGUCGCCGGCAGGAGAGACCAAUCAAGGUUUGACGAACGGCGCGGAUUGGUCGAAGCGCUCUCCUCUGACACGCAGAGAGCGCGGGCACGUGACAAGCUACCGCACACACCGGCCUCUGAAUCGCGGCGAGGCCUUCAGUACGAUACCAACCACCCUCCGCGCAUGCAACGGACCAUCUCCGCGAUCCUUAAAAUCUUCUCUUUCUCUUUCUCUUUCUCCUUUUCUCUUUUUCUAUCCUCUUCCCUUUUUCUCUAUUUUUCUUUUAUCAUAUUACGUGUAACAAUUUCUUUUUAAUCGUCAUCGAGGAUAAUCAUUUGACAGAAACAUUCCUCUCUUCGGAUAGGGAGAUAUAGGAUAACGUGUAAGAGCUCUCGUAGUGCGACGCGAACGGGAGUUCUCUCUCUGGUGAACGCGACAAGGAAGAACAGUCCUUUCCGAUGGAGCGAACCAACGAGUUCGCUGUCACGUGCUACCACCGGCUGGAACCCCGAGUUCUCUCUAGGUAGACAGGUUCCGAAGAGGAAGAAAAAGAUAUAUAUAUAUAUAUAUAUAUAUACACAGAAAGAAAGAGAGAGAAAGAGAAGAGAGAGAGAGAGAGAUAGGGAAAGAGAGAGAGAGGGAAAGAGAGAAGUCGUAAAGAAGAAGAAGACAGUUUUAUUGGGGUAAGCCCACGUGACCCUUGUAAACAGAGGCUUCUUUGUCGUCGCGUUUUGUCGCGUAUAAACUGUGUUUACGUGAGAGAAAGGUGAAAGAUGAAGAUCAUUCUUAUCUAAUGGUCUUAUUAUUGAAAGGAAAACAAUAAACGGAAGGCAAAAAAUCUUAAGGUUUGUGCGAAUCGUGAAUGUCGUUCAUAUCGGGACGUGCGAAGAGAUCGGUUCAGUGACGUCGAAGAGGGACGAAGAGAACCGCGAACGAUGAGUUCGUAUCAGUUCGUCAACUCGCUCGCGUCAUGUUACGCGGGCCAACAGCCUCAGCAGCAAAGGCCUACGCCGAAUUCACCCGGAGAACCGAUGCAGGCGGCAUCGCCAGCUGGUGCAGAUUAUUAUAAUCCGAAUGCAGCGGCGACGAGUUAUCCGGCACCAUGUUACUCGCCUCAGCAACAUUAUCCGCAACAUCCGUAUGCGACUCCUGCAUCCGGAAUGCAACACACAGCACCAACCGGCAUGAUAGACUAUACGCAACUUCAACCUCAACCGAGGCUGAAUGCAACGGCCACCUCGGCGCAACAUGGAAUGCAUCAGCAACCAUCUCAGCAUCAUCCUCAACAACAUCAUCCCCAAGCACAACAACAGGCACAGCUUCACCAGGAUCCAACGACACCUUUACUUCAAGCCGCUAAUGCGCCUUCCGCGCCCUCAACAUCGAGCUGCAAGUACGCCGACUCGACUUCCUCCACCGGAGUAGCCUCGCCUCAGGACCUCUCGACCUCUACUUCGAGAAAUAGUCCCACACCCUUGGUAGCACCCGGCACGAGCAAAUCUGCGUCCGGUUUGACAUCGCCACCUGGAACCUCUUCGAGGUCCUCCGUCGCGGCGGGAUCCGCAGCUUCACCUCCGAGUGGAACGCCGAGAAACGUUGCCGAUGGAAAUUCUACCCUCACGACGGCAUCCUCAGCUUCCUCGCCAGCAUCUUCCACUUCGAGCACAUCCAGCACAGGAAAUAAUUCGUCGAAUAAGGUGAACCCUUCCGGUAGCAAUCCACCGCAGAUUUAUCCUUGGAUGAAAAGGGUUCACAUUGGACAGAGUACGGUAAAUGCAAAUGGCGAAACAAAACGACAAAGGACAUCUUAUACGAGGUAUCAAACUUUAGAAUUGGAAAAGGAGUUCCAUUUCAACCGCUACCUGACGAGGCGGCGUCGCAUUGAGAUCGCCCAUGCUCUUUGCCUGACUGAACGUCAGAUCAAGAUCUGGUUUCAAAACCGGCGGAUGAAGUGGAAGAAAGAACACAAGAUGGCGAGCAUGAACAUCGUACCGUACCACAUGUCGCCGUAUGGACACCCUUACCAGUUCGCGCCGCACCCAGGCCAGUUCGCUCACUUGGCCACAUAGGACGAGUUCUCGCCCGCCGAGCUCGGAGCACACGCUGUCCGCUUUCCCGGGAUGUACGGCGAGCAGAACUUCUAAAAGGCUUUUCUCCGAUCGGACGCUUCACUUCCAGUAGGAUUCGCGAGCUGGACAUUUCGCGAUCGCGAUUGGCUUGCCUCGAAAUAUUAACAUUCUCUUUCCAAAAAUAUCUCUUUUCAAAAUAUUACGAUUUUCUUUGUUAAAUUGAAAAACGUAAGAGAAAGAGAAAUAGAAAAAAAAAGAGAAAAAGCGAAAUAGAGAGAGAGAGAGAGAGAGAGAAAGAGAGAGAAGACUCGUUGGCUUGCCUGUUCGCGAAAGCGAUUACUAUGUCACAAAGCAACUAUUCGAAGUUGAAGGGAAGCCAAAAUUUUCUGCGAAUGUAGUGCCGUGCGCCCGAUUUAAGACUGGACGCGCUCCGAGGGACUCUCACGUAUAUAUAUAUAUAUAUAUAUAUAUAUAUAUAUAUAUAUAUAUAUAUAUAUAUAUAUAUAUAUAUAUAUACACAUGUAUACGUAUAUAUACAUAUAUAUACAUAUAUACAUAUAUAUAUAUAUAUAUAUAUAUUUACAUACAUGGACGCAAGGAAGAUUAUAGGAUGAUCAUGCGUCCUUUAUGAGAGCCCACCUCAGCGGGUGAGAUAAUCGAAACUCUAGUUUAAGGGUAGACAUUAACGAUCUAAAGAAGGAAAAAAGAAUUAAGAAAAAAAAAGCAAAUAUAAUGGAAGAAGAUAAAAACACGUAAGAAAGGAAAUCUCGAUUUUAAUGGCGAAACUUAACUAUCGUCGUCCUCUUGUCUGGCUGCACACUGUUUCACAUGGUCCGUGAAUGAGCGAAUCGUAUUUGUAAAGGAUUAAUAUCGAUAAAAUGAUGGAAGGGGAUGAUAAUCAGACAUUUUUUUUUUCUCUCUCGGAUCGUCCUGUACUUACUUACUUUUUCUCCGUUUCGCUACUUAUUAUCGAAAUCUUCUAUCGAAGAGAAUAUGUCUAUUUCUAUUCGACGAUGAAUUCGAUGCGAUUGGAGGAAACAGUUUCUAUCUGCACGUUGAAGUCACUAUUCCUAGUAUGUAAGGUGCCUAUUAAUACUCGAAACCUUCUUCGCCAAUUAUUAUUCUCCGGUCGAACGUAAAAUUUUCGAAUGAUUCGCAAAUGUAUUUAGACGUCUAACAUUCUCGUCAAAAUAUUCGUUCGAUUUUAUUACAAUUAAAUCGAAUAGUCGUAUUAUUGAUUCAUGGCGAAUAAUGAUCAUCUAAAUGAGAAUUCAAUUUUAACGUAAACGUUUACGAAUCCGCUCUCUCAUUUUCGAAAUAAUGCUAAUUAGCAAUUUCAUUUGAACGAUUUUAUUGCUACGUAUAUAUGUAUAUGAAAAUAUAUUCAUUUUUAUAAUGUGAAAUCUUUAUUCCUCUUGCUCUCGAUACUUUCUCGUUUAUGGAAAAGUAUACGUAAGUAAAUUUUAAUCUGGGAUAUAUAAUUAAGGCAGAAAGACUCGAUGAUAAAGAAACGGUGGGCAGCUUAGGCGCUGCAAGCUCUUUGUAAAUAGUUUGCACCGUAAUGUGUAAACACUCGUUCCUAUAAAAAAAAAAAAAAGAAAAAAACGAAAAAAGAAAAAAACAAAAAAAAGAAAAAAAGAAAAAAUUGUCAACUUAUUGUUAGAUAAAAAUCCCUUUACAACUUGGCUGUUUCUUUCGAACCAUCGUUCAAAAUUAAACGUUUUAUCUCUUCGGUAAUAUUAAUAUAUCAGCUAAAUAGAUGUAUAAACCAAUCUUUUUCCCCUCUCUUCGAUGUUACACACGCGAAUCGUCAAAUUUGUCGAUUCGAUCGAAAGCGAUGGAACGAAGUGAAUGUAAAAAAAAGAAAAAAAAGAAAAAAAAAUAAAAUAAAAAAAGGAAAAAAGAACAAAAGAAAAAAGAUCGAUCGCAUAGAACGUGUCAUCUUGAACAUCGAGUCGAAAGCAUUUUCGAGAAUAUCGAUCGAUCGAUCGAUCGAUCGUUUCAGUUUAAAAAAUAGUAUCUUAAGCCGUUCGGCUCGAGUCUGUAAAAAUGAAGUAACGACGAGCGUUCCAAAGUUCUCGUUAUGCUUGUGUUAUAUACGUAUAUGUAUGGGUGUUUUCUUGUGAUACAAGAGAGAAAAAGAGAAAGAAAGAAAGAGAGAGAGAGAGAGAGAGAGUGAGAGAGAGAGAGAGAGAAAGAAAGAAAGAACGAACGAGCGAAAGAGCGAGAGAGAAUGAUUGAGAUUCGUUUUAUGCUUUAGAUCGAGAAGUCGUAUAUGAUUGCGACGUGCUAAGCAAAUUCGGAAUAAUACAGGGAUCCUUAAAAUAUAUCGAUGUGUUUAAAGUUAAAUAAAAACAAAAUGGUGACAAGAGAGCAAAAGUAUGAUAAAAUAAAAGUAUGGCCGGAAGAGACGCUUUAUUACGCGACUGGCGAGAGGGGGUUUCUUUAUAAGUAGAUUAACGAUGAAUUGUACAUAAUGAUUGAAUAUAAUUGAACAACGCGAUAUUGAACGACGUUAUCUCAGCUAGGCGUUAACGAAAGAGCAGAUUACUUCGUUGUUUGUUAAUUUAUCGGCCCGUUGUAAUGAGUGGUGGAGGAAAAAGAGGAUGAAAACGAACGAAUCACGAACGAUUCCUCAUCUUUUCUCGAACGAAUGAAAAUGCGUGUAAAACGUAUGUUUAUCUUUACGCACGAGCAUUCACUUUUCGACGUAUUUAUGUACACGUAUAACCACGUACAUUCUAUAUGUACGUAAUAUAUAUGUACAUGAAAGUGCAAAAGUUACAAAA